AGCUUCACUGCGAUUCUUGAUUCUUGAUCCGACGAGUGUGGUGUUGAUCCAUCUUGUUUGUUGCCCGCCUACCAUCUCAUCUCCGUGACGCCUCCCCCUCCAGCUCUCUCUCUCCCCCUCCAUUGAACUCUCUUCUUUCGAGUAAUACAAACACAAAGCAUCACCACAAACAACCCCAAUUCAUCUCAUCAUGGCCACCGCUCACGUCUCCGCCGCCCGCUACGGCAAGGACAACGUCCGCGUGCUCAAGACCGACCGCGACGCCGCCACCGGCAUCCACACCGUCACCGAAAUGACCGUCAGCUGCCUCCUCGAGGGCGACAUCGACGUCUCCUACACAAAGGGCGACAACAGCGUCGUCGUCGCCACCGACUCCAUCAAGAACACAAUCUUCAUCACCGCCAAGCUCAACCCCGUCAACCCCCCGGAGCUCUUCGCCGCCAUCCUCGGCUCCCACUUCAUCGACACCUACAGCCACAUCCACGCCGCAAACGUAAAGGUCAUCACCCACCGCUGGACGCGCAUGGAGGUCCGCGGAAAGCCUCAUCCUCACAGCUUCCUGCGCGACGGCCAGGAGACGCGCAACGUCGAGGCCCGCAUCACCCGCAAGGGCGGCAUCGUCAUCACCAGCGGCAUCGAGGGGCUGACCGUGCUCAAGAGCACCGGCUCGGCAUUCCACGGCUUCGUGCGGGACGAGUACACCACCCUGGCCGAGACCUGGGAUCGCAUCUUGUCCACCGAUGUUGAUGCCAACUGGAAGUGGAAGACCUUUGCAGAUGUUGCCGCUGUGCGUGAGGUAGAGCCCAAGUUCAAUGCGGCGUGGGAGCAGGCCCGCGAGAUUACCCUGACAAGAUUCGCCGAGGAUGAGAGCGCCAGCGUCCAGAACACCAUGUACAAGAUGUGCGAGCAGAUUCUGGCCGCCGUGCCGGAAACGGAGACGGUCAUCUACUCGCUGCCCAACAAGCACUUUUUCGAGCUCGAUUUAAGCUGGCACAAGGGCAUCAAGAACACCGGCAAGGAUGCCGAGGUCUACGUCCCCCAGUCAAACCCCAACGGCCUCAUCAAAUGCGAGGUUUCCCGCGGUGCAGCCGCCAGCCGCGAUUCACACCUGUAAAAAUUCUAAAAAAACUCACCAAAAAAAAUUGUAUAAAUCACAUGUUUAACUAGAUGAAUGGCGCCUUGGAUUGCGUCAGUGUUGGACCAGGGACACUAGAGGGAGGAUUAUCAUGAUUAUCAUGACAGCUGCAGCGUCGCAGUGCGCAGGCAGCUUGGCUAUAGCGUUUGAUUUGAAUUUGGAUUACAUUUGACAUGAA